GAAGACGUCGAUGGUGUUGGGAAGAAUUAGAUACACUGGUCAGGUGGCUAUUGAAAACUCAAACUUCACAUGUCUUCUGAAAACCCCCUGGGUGUGAUUUGAAGGACUGACUCCUGCCAGAGCACCCACUGGAGAUGGUGGUGGGGUGAUCUCUGGAUCAUGUGAACAGGUCGUGGAUGUUGGUGACUGGAUGUGUGGGGAAAGUAUUGUGCCUUUGGCCCACUUCCGCUAUCAAGGAGUCAUGCCAAAUAAAACAGGUCCAGGUAACUUGCACCUAAGAGUUUUAGAAUGGCUGGCUGAGGAGCUCACUGGACUGUUAAUAUUGAUUUUAAAUAAGUCUUGGAGCACUGGGGAAGUUCUUGAGGACAAGAAGAAAGACACUGCUAAUCUGUACGUGAGUGGCAUGGCAUCAAAUCACAGCACUUUGCCCCAAGAUGACCAUCUUCCUCAUUACCUCCAGGAUGAAGACCCCUUUGCAUCAAAACUCUCUAGGGAAGCUGACUUAGUAGCUGGAUUUUAUUUAACAGUAAUUGGGGUUCUUUCCACUUUUGGGAAUGGCUAUGUUCUUUUUAUGUCCUUGAAACGGAAAAAGAAGCUCAGACCCGCUGAGAUAAUGACUGUCAAUUUAGCCGUGUGUGACUUGGGGAUUUCAGUUGUCGGAAAACCAUUUAGUAUAAUUUCCUUCUUCUCUCACCGAUGGGUGUUUGGCUGGCUGGGCUGCCGUUGGUAUGGAUGGGCCGGCUUCUUCUUUGGCUGUGGGAGCCUUAUCACCAUGACAGCUGUCAGCCUGGAUAGAUACCUGAAAAUUUGUCAUUUAACUUACGGUACCUGGCUUAAGAGACAUCAUGCCUUUAUCUGCCUGGCAAUAAUCUGGGCCUACGCUAUGUUCUGGGCUACUGUGCCAUUUGCUGGUUUGGGGAACUAUGCUCCCGAGCCAUUUGGAACCUCCUGCACUCUGGAUUGGUGGCUGGCUCAGGCUUCAGUGGCUGGACAGGCAUUUAUUCUGAAUAUUCUCUUCUUCUGCCUCUUGCUCCCAACUGCAGUGAUUGUGUUUUCCUAUAUUAAAAUCAUUGCAAAAGUCAAGUCGUCCGCCAAAGAAGUUGCUCAUUAUGACACCAGGAUUCAAAACAAUCAUGUACUGGAAAUUAAAUUGACCAAGGUGGCAAUGUUGAUCUGUGCAGGAUUUCUGAUUGCCUGGAUCCCAUAUGCCGUGGUAUCAGUGUGGUCAGCUUUUGGACAGCCAGACUCAGUGCCCAUUCAAGUUUCAGUCGUCCCAACCUUGCUUGCAAAAUCGGCAGCUAUGUACAACCCGAUUAUUUACCAGGUCAUUGAUUGUAAAUUUUCCUGUUGCCGUUCAUUGCAGAAGAAGAGCUCCUUGAAGAAAUCCAGGCUGUAUACGAUAUCUGGAAAUAGAGAGCCAACAGCAGUGAACGAAACCCACCUGGAGGUGUGA